CGUAAUUAUAGCAAACAACUCGGAAAAAGUCAUACUCGGUAUUAGUAAAGCCUGUAUCUUGUUACAGAGAAUUGCUUUUAAAUUUGAAAAUAGUCAAGAAGUUUGUCUUUGGUAUAACAGGUAAACAGUGAGAGGUGAAUUGGACAUUUAAACAGCAAAUGUGAUGUAUUUCGACGUUGAUUUUUCGACGGAGAGCUCAGGAAGUUCAGGUGGACUGUCAAGUUUGCAAGGCACGUCGGAUGCUCCCGCAACACUUCACUGUGACCCAUGCCUCAAUGAGAUGAACUCGGUGAUUGCAGAACGUUUUUGUGAGGAAUGUAAUCAGUAUUUGUGUAAAGACUGUAUACGGUACCAUAAAAAAUUUGCAGCAACGCAGACGCACACACUUGUAAAUAUAGGUAACACUUCAUCGAAACAAACAGCAGACGACAUUUUCAACAUUGAUCACCCAAUAGGAUCAGCCGAACACAAACUGUCUUCCGGGAUGUCCAAACAUGCGCACAAGUACGAAAAUUCAGUAUUGAAACAUGUGGGUGAUGUUUGCGUCAAGACAUCAAAGGAUCAUCAUGACUGCAACAUAACUGGAGCAGAACUUCUUACUAAAGAUUUUCUGGUAUUAGCUGACAAUAACAAUAAUGCGAUUAAAAUAUUGAGCACUAAGCAUAGGGAGAUUGUCUCGGAUUAUACACUUACGUCUGCCCCAUGGGAUGUCGCCGUCAUUGACACUGGAAUACUUGAGCCAGAACAGCUGGCGGUGACGCUUCCAAAGGAACGCAAAAUUCAGUUUCUCUCAUUAAUUGAAGGAGAUUUGGUCAAGGCACAUUCUAUUGAAGUUGAUGGAGAUUGUCGAGGAAUUGCAUAUAGUCAUAACAGACUGGCGGUGACCUGUGAUGCACCGGAACCGUGUAAAGUAGAAAUCUUAGACAUGAAUGGGCGUAUUAUCAAAACGUUAAGCAAAGAUGAACAUGGAAAAUGUCUAUUUAAAUGUCCUCAAAACAUAGCGCCUUCACACGAUGGUUCGUUUCUAUUCGUAACAGAUCGAAUUACAUGUGACGUCACUAAAGUUACGUUUAACGGGAAAAAAGUUGCUGUGUACGAUGAUGCAGAUCUAUGCAGCCCGGAAGGACUGGUUGCUUCACGUGACGGAACGUUGAUUGUCUGCAACUAUAAGAAUAACAUGCUUCAUCUCGUAUCAGAAGAAUGUGAGAAAUUAAAGAUAAUAAAGCCUCUGAGUGACUCAGUUAUAUGUCCAACGGCCGUCUGCUUUUGCGAGGAGCGUAACAGGUUGUACGUCAGCCGGUACUGGACCGGCGCUCAUCCUCUGUACGUUAACAAUAUAAAUAUUCUCGAGUUCGAAUCUCUGACCAAAUCAAAAUGAAAACUGUAUACACAUGAAUCAAUCAAAGUUGAAAACUGUUCUACAUAAUGAUAGAGCUACUUCUGUGCACUUGUUAAUUUAUUGGACGAAUGUGUGCAUGUUUAAUGUCUUUUUCCAAUAAUACUAUACUCAUACAUGUAUAGAGAUCUAAAUUAUACAUCUGAUGUAGGU